UUAAAUAUGUGCAUGACUUCCCUCACAAUUGCAUCGAACAAACAAAUCAACACAACCUGUCAUUAAUUGCAACAUGAAGUUCCACCACAUUUCCUUGUUCCUUCUUUCAAUCGCAUUGGUGCUGAGCAACAGCUAUGGUCUCCCUGUCCCAGGAAAAGUGCUCAAUGUACCUCCUGAAGCAUUGCUUUCCACUGGUCACUAUCAUACAACAUGCCCAGCUGCUGAAGGCAUUGUCUCACAAAAGGUUGCUGCUUGGGUUAAGAAGGAUCCCACCCUGGCCCCUUCCAUCAUUCGCCUGCAUUUCCAUGACUGUGCCAUCAGGGGAUGUGAUGCAUCAAUUUUGCUUAACCACAAAGGAAGUGAGAGGAAUGCCUAUGAGAGCAGAACACUGAGAGGUUUUCAGAUGAUUGAUGACAUCAAGGCUGAGAUAGAAAGAAGGUGUCCAAGAACAGUUUCUUGUGCUGACAUUCUCACUGCAGCUGCAAGAGAUGCUACUAUUCUAGCUGGAGGACCCUUCUGGGAAGUCCCAUUUGGACGCAAAGAUGGCAAGAUUUCCUUAGCCAAAGAAGCCUCUCUGGUUCCUCAAGGCCAUGAAAACAUCACAGCAUUGCUUCAAUUUUUCCAAAAAAGAGGGCUAGACAUGCUUGAUUUGGUCACUCUCUCAGGCUCACACACAAUUGGGAGGAGCACUUGCUCCUCUUUUGCUGACAGGCUUUACAACUUUAGUGGAACUGGAAAACCUGAUCCCUCACUGAAUGUCUAUUACUUAAAAUUGUUAAGGAAAAGGUGUCAAGGGGUGUUGGAUUUGGUGCACCUUGAUGUCAUAACACCAAGGAAAUUUGACACAACCUACUACACAAACCUUGUGAGGAAAGUGGGGCUGUUGUCAACAGAUCAAUCACUGUUUUCUGAUGCAAGGACAGCUCCUUUUGUGGAAGCAUUUGCAACACAGCCUUUCCUUUUUACUAGCCAGUUUGCUGUGUCAAUGGUGAAGCUUGGGAAUGUUCAAGUCAUGACUAGGCCUAAUGAAGGUGAAAUCAGAGUGAAUUGUAAUUUUAUCAAUCGUGUCUAAUUGGUGCCCUGCAUGAUGUGUGGCUAGCUUCCUAGUUUCAAUUUACAUUUGCGAUGACAAUAUAUAGUUUAGCAAGGGUUGGCUUGUUUGGGAACUGAAGUCAACAGUGAGCUUGCUAUGGGUAUUGUGUGUUACAGUUACUUACUAAGAUUUAUUUGCAAACCAAUUAUAAUUUGGCAGUUUAUUAGUAUCCAA